AUGGUGAACGUACCCAAAACUAGAAAAACAUAUUGCAGCAACAAAUGCAAGAAGCAUACCAUGCACAAGGUCAGUCAGUACAAAAAGGGAAAGGAAAGAUUAUCAGCCUUGGGAAGAAGAAGAUACGAUAUGAAACAAAAAGGUUUUGGGGGCCAAACAAAGCCUGUUUUUAAAAAAAAGGCAAAAACUACCAAAAAGAUUGUCCUUAAAUUGGAAUGCACGAAAUGUAAGAAAAAAAGAUUUCAAACCCUGAAGAGAUGCAAAACCUUCGAAAUGGGAGCAGACAAAAAGAAAAAGGGAGCUGUUUAUUAA